UGUUAUAAAGAUGGAAAGGUGUUUCUUUCUGAGAUAUGCAGGAGGCUUCUUGGGCAUGUGCUAUUACCUUCCUUCCAAAAUGUCACAAUUCCUCUAUUUGGUUCUCUUGAUACUUGGGCUUCAUGCUGCAAUCCAGUGUGUGCCACCUAACAGGCCUGAAGGCAAAGUAACCAUCUGCCAUUCACCCCAACAGAAUUCCACUCUCUCUAAGAUGGCAUCCAUCAAUGCUGAUUUUGCAUUCAACCUGUACCGGAGGUUCCUUGAGGAGACCCCAGAUCGCAACAUCUUCUUUUCCCCUGUGAGCAUUUCUGCAGCUUUAGCCAUGCUUUCCUUUGGAGCCUGCUCCAGAACUCAAACUCAAAUUCUGGAGGUAUUGGGGUUCAACCUCACAGAUACUCCAAUGGCAGAGAUCCAGCAGGGCUUUCAGCACUUGAUCUGUUCACUAAAUUUUCCAAAGACGGAGCUGGAAUUGCAGAUGGGAAAUGCCCUCUUCAUUUGGAAGCAGCUGAAACCAAUGGCAAAGUUCUUGGAUGAUGUCAAGACCCUCUAUGAGACUGAAGUCUUUUCUACUGACUUCUCCAGUGUUUCUUCAGCCCAGCAGGAGAUCAACAGUCAUGUGGAGAAGCAAAGCAAAGGGAGGAUUGUGGGCUUGAUCCAAGACCUCAAACCAAACACCAUCAUGGUCUUGGUGAACUAUAUUUACUUUAAAGCACAGUGGGCAAAUCCUUUUGAUCCAUCCAAGACACAAGGCAGUUCUAAUUUCUUGGUGGACAAGACCACCAUCGUACAAGUGCCCAUGAUGCACCAGAUGGAACAGUACUAUCACCUAGUGGAUGUGGAACUGAACUGUACAGUACUGCAAAUGGACUACAGCAAGAAUGCUCUAGCACUCUUUGUCCUGCCCAAGGAGGGACACAUGGAGUGGCUGGAAGCAGCCAUGUCAUCUAAAACACUGAAGAAAUGGAACCGUUUACUGCACAAGGGGUGGGUUGACUUAUUUGUUCCAAAGUUUUCCAUUUCUGCCACAUUUGACCUUGGAGCCAUGCUUCUGAAGAUGGGCAUCCAGGAUGCCUUUUCUGAAAUUGCUGAUUUUUCUGGACUCACAGAGGACAAUGGUCUGAAACUUUCUAAUGUUGCCCACAAGGCUGUGCUGCACAUCGGUGAAAAGGGAACCAAAGAUGUAUCUGUACCUGAAGUCAGAAUCCCGGAUCAGCCUGAAAUGACUCUCCUUCACCCUAUUGUCCAAUUUGAUAGAUCCUUCCUGAUGAUGAUUUUGGAGAAAAGCACCAGAAGCAUUCUCUUUCUAGGGAAAGUUGUAAACCCAACAGAAAUGUAGUUGAGCAAGAGUCCAUUGGUUAAUUGUGUGUGUGUAUUGCAAUUGUAAAUAAAUAAGUAAAUAGUA